AUGGAAGAACCUAAAAUAGAGCAGUCUUGUGAAGGCAGUCAUCGUGCUCAGGGUGGUGGAUGGUACAAUCAGUUCAAAGAAAUGAAAGCAAAUGAGUUACCGCAUAAACAUAUGAAAUUUCUUGUUCUCGAUUAUCUGAUUUCACAAGGUCACAGAGAAGCGGCAGAAUAUCUAUGUGAAGAUGCCUGUAUACCGUUUCCAACAGAUGCAAUUGAGAAUUUGGACCAGCGGAUGCGUAUUCGUGAUGACAUUAUCGAAGGAAAAAUAGAAAGUGCUAUUGAAAAAGUUAUUCAAAUUGUACCCGAUUUAUUGCUGCGCAAUCCAGUUCUUCAUCUUCGUCUUCUUCAGCAACAUCUUAUUGAGCUGAUUCGCAAUAAGAUGGUAGAAGAAGCCGUUACUUUCGCACAAUCUAUUAUUGAAAAAGUGGAUGCUCAUCCUGAAAUGGAACAAGAGAUGCAGAAAGCUUUUGCUAUGAUUGCUUUCGAAAAGCCUGAAGAUUCUCCAUACACGUACCUUCUUGAAAUGAGUCAUCGCCAGAUGGUUGCUAACGAUGUAAAUAGUGCUAUUUUGGAAGCUCUCAAAAAACCAUCUGCUCCCAAGUUAGAGGAUCUUUUUCGGUUAAUUUUGUGGUCGAGAAAAGUAUUGAGACAUAAUGAUACAGCAGAUGCUUUAGAGCAUCUGUUCAGUGGGCAGCCGACUGAUGCUUAA